AGAGAGAGAGAGAGAGAGAGAGAGAAUCCUAUCAACAACUAUCAUCUUCCAUAUCCUCUUAGCCCCCACUCUUCUUGUGCACCAACUAUACCAGAGAAAUGGAUCAAACCACUAGGUGGAUGCUUAUCUUGUGCGACCGAAGAGAGGUCUUCAGCUUUCUCUUCUUCCUUGUUACUUUUUGUGUUCUCUUCUAUCCUUCGAUUGGUGUUACUGAGAAGACUCUUACCUUUAAAUCCAUCAAAGUUAAUUGCUCGAGUGAUUCAUUCAGCAAAGGUGACACAACUCGGGCUAGUCUUGAGGUCCUCUUCUCCUCCCUGAGAUCCAAGGCUUUGCGUUCCAAUUCUGGCAAGGAGGCAACUGGAAGCGGUCCUGGCACCAUCUAUGGCUGCUUCCUCUGCCAAAGGGAUCUCUCCUAUGAUGACUGCCAGACUUGCAUCCAUAUGGCAGCCACCAAACUCCUUCAAAGUUGCACCUCCAUAAGCCGUGGUGCUAUUUGGAUGGACUAUUGCCGAUUACUCUACUCGGAUCGCAAUAUCCAGGGAGUUACAGAUGUUGAUGGAUUCAGCUCAGCCAGCCUUCAUGGGGAAACCAAUUCGAUGAAACCAAUAGAGAAGGUGUCAAAACCCACGAAAGCGGACAAUUAUCUGCGUCGCCUGAUGGAUGCUCCUCAACCAACAGCUGCUAGCGAUGGAGCAGGGGGUGGAAAGAAAUCAAGCUCUGGUGCAAUGCCUAUUAUGAUUUCAAUUCUGGCAGUGGUUCUCGUUGGCACUUCUCUCUACUGCAUCUACUGCUGGAGGUGGAGAAAACGCAACGCCAUCAGAAGAGCCGAAAUCGAGAAUCUCAGACCUCUAUCAAGCUCGGACUUGCCUCUGAUGGAUCUGUCUACAAUACAAGCAGCCACCGGCAACUUCUCCGCAGAAAAUAGACUUGGGGAAGGUGGAUUCGGCCCCGUCUACAGAGGUGUGCUUUGUGGUGGAACCGAGGUUGCGAUAAAGAGGCUUUCGGCGAGAUCCAGGCAGGGUGUUGUGGAGUUUAGGAAUGAGGUGGAGCUGAUUGCAAAGCUUCAGCACAGGAAUCUUGUGAGGUUGCUGGGUUUCUGUGCUGGGAAAGAUGAGAAGCUGCUCAUCUAUGAAUACCUGCCCAACAGAAGCCUCGAUUCCUAUCUGUUUGAUCCAAGCAAGAGGUGUCAGUUGGAUUGGAAGAAACGCCACCAAAUUAUAGCAGGAAUUGCAAGGGGUCUUCUUUACCUGCAUGAGGACUCCUUGCUCAAAGUCAUUCACAGGGAUCUUAAAGCCAGUAAUGUGUUGUUGGACAACAAGAUGAACCCAAAAAUCUCGGACUUCGGCAUGGCAAAGAUUUUCGAAGGAGAAGAAAAUGAGGUUAAUACUGGCAGAGUCGUCGGAACGUUCGGAUACAUGGCUCCAGAGUACGCCAUCCAGGGUAUUUUCUCUGUGAAGUCAGACGUGUUCAGCUUUGGAGUUCUUCUACUCGAGAUUUUGAGUGGGGAAAGGAAUGGCGGAUCUUAUAUCCAGCAACAUGGCCAGACCCUUGUUAAACACGCAUGGCAACUAUGGACUGAGGAAAGAGCAACUGAAUUCAUGGAUCCAUUGCUUGGAGACUCAUAUCCAAAGAACGAAGCUUUGCGAUGCUUCCAUGUUGGUUUGCUGUGUGUUCAGGAGAAUCCAGACGACAGGCCCACCAUGUCGUCGGUUGUUCUCAUGCUGAGAAGCGAUCAAAUGCCAUUGUCUCCACCAUCCGAGCCUCCAUCCUACGCACGGUCGAAGACACCAGAGCUGCAGAUGUCCCCAAUUAGGUUUUCUACUACCACAAAAACUCAUUCUGUAAAUGAAGUCACAAUUACCGUUGUCGAACCGCGAUAGUGCAUCCAUGGAUUCAGCAAAACUUGUUGAUAAGUUUUUUUGAGUGUUGGGAGUUGCUUGAGAGUGUGAUGUAAUUUUUGGGUUACAAAGGAAUUAAAGUAGACGGCAAUGUUUUUCCAAAAAGGGAUGCGCCACUGCAAGCCAUGUCUGCCGGUUGUUUGGCAGGUAACAUGUGGAGCCCAAUAGGCAGAUGCGUUAGCUUCCAGAAGCUUCAAAGUAAAUCCUUAAUAUCUCA